AUGACGAUGGAUGUUGAGAUCGCUUUAAAUCCUAACUUUGUUUAUUUACUCGAUCAAAUUCGGGCAAAUUUUCUGACCGGUGCUGAUCAUGAAGCAACGACAGAAACACCGCGUGCUCAUGCAUGGCUUUUAACGACAUUAGCUAUUUACGGCGAAGAUUUAUCCAUUCUAAUCGAAUUGUAUCGUGUCUUUCGUGAACAAAAUUCUUACAGUCUAUUGUCUUUCAUUAUCGAACACAUUCUCCAACACCACAGCAAUGAAAUUGACAAAAUCGACUAUCUACAACAAGAAUUUCAAUCUAUCUUUGGGAAAUCGUCAGACAAUACAUUUUCAUAUUCUCGUCUGAAUUCCAUUUUAUCGUUAAAAGCACGAGAGUUGAUUUCUGCGUUUUUAAUACGUAAAUGGUACCAUGAAUUGGAGAAACAUCUUCUAUUGUCUUCGACAUCGGUUGAAUCAUUAAAUCAUUGUCGGGAAAAAUCACUUGCAUGUUUAUCCUUAUCCUCAACAUCAGUUUCUUCAAUUUUCGACUUAAUUCUCAGCAGUGAAGACAAAAUCGGCUUCAACACUAAAUUCACAUCGUUAAACCUUCUUCGUUGUCUAUUCGUUCAAGAUCUCUUACCAGUCGUUCUCGAAAAUCGACAGCAAUACGGCGCACAAGCACACUCAUGCCACAAGUGGUUAAUCUGUGCUAUAGAAUUUUAUCUUGAAUACGCUGUGAAAUGUCGAAAUAAUGAUCGAAAUCAAGUUCUACUAGAAGGAAAUUUACAUCGGACAUUUCAAUGCAAAGAUCCUAUUGAACAAUUUGAAAAGCUGCUGAACUUAGCGAUAAAUAUGCAAGAGAAUUUCAAUUGGCAGCAGUUCAUCAUUCACCAAGGUAAUCAAAGUGGUUCACUAAAUCGUCGUCAAAAACUACUAGAAUUACGAAUUCUCGUUGAUCGUGCUCACAAUUCGUCGAUUCGAUGUCCAUUGGAAUGCCUUUUAUUUUGUACAUCGUUUCCUAUUUAUGUUCAAUCGGUACUUAACCUUUCAAUGUUGCUAAAUAAAGAACCAUAUAGAGAUUAUAUAUUCAUAUAUGGAACAGCGUCGAUAGCAGCACUAGUGAAGAAAUCGAAUGAGACUUACAACUUGGAACUGACUGAGAAUUUCUCGCUAUUUGUUGAUUGUUUAAAUUUAUUACAACAAUCACAAACGAGUUCGUGUGUAAAAAUUUAUCAAGAAACUAUUGAUAAGAUUCAAUUAAAUGCCAAUAUACCGAAUUAUCAACGAUUAUUGCGAAUAUUUUACGUUUAUUAUGCGAUACAACAGUCUAAAGGUGGAAAAGAAGGAACCAAUGAAAACAAACCAAUAGUUAUUGAUGAUACUCCACAAAGCCCAACAAUGCAAGAUGAGACUAACAGUGAAACGAGUUCACCAUCAGUCACCAGUCCAUUACUUGCUCCUAAUAUCGAGAGUUUGAUUCAACAACUGAACGAUGAUUCUCUUGAAUCUCGUCUUCAACUUUGCUCACUCUAUUCAAUCGCUCAUUCCACAGCUCAAAUUCGUUCCACAGUUUCGUUUUGCAUCGACACACUCAUCUACUUACAUGAGCGUUCCACUUCUUACGACCAACAACAAACUCUAUUACCUCUUUCAUCGGAUUACUGCUUAAUCCCACGAUCCUACAAAAUCUUCUUCGAUUAUAUCAUAGAUAUACUUCUUCAAUACCUUCCUUCGACAUUAGUUCUUCUUCAGCUUGGCCAUCAGCGUUCGUCGUCCAUGUAUCCCAAAGAUCUACUACAGACUAUCUCUCCACCAUUUCUACGUUAUAUUUAUGAUCAAAAAUUACUCGGACAGUUGAUAAAAUAUAUUCAAACAACAACAGCAAGUGAACGACGUUGGACAGCGAACACGAACAAACGAAAACAUAAUAACGACGAAACAAAUAAACUAACCGAUGAACAAUUCAUCGAAAAGAUUAUCCAACAUGCCAGCAGCAUCGCUCAAUGGACAGAUGAACAACGACGUUCGGCAAUUUACUCUUAUUUAAUCGAAGAGCGUCAAGUGCUACUUCAAGCUUUGUAA